AUGUCGGAGAAUCGGAAAAGCUGUUCGUUUGAGAUAUCCUUCGACGAAGUUGAGUCUCCUGCUUCUAAUAAGAGCCCUUUUGUCUCCGCGAAACUUUCAAAGAAUUGUGAUACUCAUGGGAAAGAUGCGGACGAGAGGAUGGCUGAAGUUUUACGAAGAAAGUCGGAUAUCUUGCAGCAAACUCGCGAAAAAUACGAGGCCUACAAUCAAAAAGUAAAGUUUGUGGUGGAAGAUAUAAAGACCAAGCGUGACUGCCAAAUUGCCGAAAUGAUAGAAAAUGCUGAAAUGCGACUUGAGAUGGCUACUCUCCGGCGCCGUCAGACUCUGGAAGAAAAGGCUGAAUCGGCCAAGAAAAUGUUUGACCGAGUUGAGCGUGUGCGGGCGUCUUUGUCGGAAGAGGCCGAGCGAAAAAUGAAUGAUAUCGUCCAAGACAUGGCCAAUAAAGAAAACAAUCGGAAUAACAUCAUACAAGGUGUUAGGGAUUCUUGUCAUCACGAGCUUGAUAAGGUCGCUAGGGCUCAAAACCGCCGGGCUUCAGUUGGCAAAGAUUAA